AUGGGCGCUUAUUACAUGUCCGAAGAUCACUGGCUCGCUUCGCCGCUUCGAGUCACGAAUCUCCUGGAAAUGGCCACAACCAGGAGAAAGCCAAAGGUUUACCUUUUGGAUCUCGUAAAGGACCCGGCAGAUAAGUCGGCUAUCGUGCUGAAAACAUGGCUCACCGACGACUCGCCCGACAUGCCUACACCCCACUGGGAUGAACCUGGCUUGCUUGAAGAAGGGAAGAUUGUCAUACAUUACGUUGGAUCAGGACCCGCUGUCGUUGAUGAGCAGAUUGUACAACUCGUGGAUCGGCCUAGCUUUCAACCGGGCGACUGUUGUAGGCGCACUUCAGGCGAUAUAGAAACAGGCGUCGUCCUUAAUGUUCAGGCCAAGGGCAAACUUUACCAUGUUAUUAGUGGUGUAGCCGUCCCUGGAUGGAGAACAGUCGACGACAUAGAUACUUCUGGGAAGGCACAUGUAGGUUGUUACAUCGUAUAUAAUGACUGGAUAGGCGAGGUUGUCGACGAAGUCCUUGUAGAGACGAGUUCAGGGCAACUAGUCAGCUUCUCUGAGCUACGCUCCCCUUUUGUGGCCGGUGACAUAGGGCAGGACAUAUUGCCUUCAGACUUGAAGCAAAGGAUUUUCACACGAAUUCCCGACCCCAACGAACCUGACACCGUCCUCAAUGUCCAGCACGUCGUAUAUGCCAUCUCUUGGUUGGCGCUUAAUCAGACGCUCUCCCCCGCAGAAUUGCAGUCGCGCACUCCGCCCCAACGGUUUUGGUACGGGGACGAUCUCAACAAACUCACCUAUCUUAAGAAUCCGUAUACACCCAUGACAGCUGGCGAGUUGGUCGUCUUGAAAGACGCAGAGAAUGCACCGACAUCUACGCAUACAGACAGCAGUGACCCUACCUUCUCUUUCACCGUCCGCCGGUGUGUUGUCAGUGAGACGCAAUCGGUGGUUACCGUUCUGUGGCAGAAUGGCACACAAGAAGUGUUACCAUCCACCGACCUUGCUCCCCACCCAGUUGAUGAUUACGAUUGUUGGCCAGGUGACUAUGUCGUCUGGAAGGGCGAGGGGCAAGAGCGCCCAGUGGUUGUGCAGAAAGUGAAUCCAGCUGAGCGCACAGCCAUGGUUCUGUUCACCGACACCAACAGCACCGAGCUGGUGUCUCUCCUCGAGCUAGAUCCCCAAGGAUCGACGGAUCCAGAGGUCUUUGGCACGUCAGACGAAUAUGGCGUAGGGCAAGGCGACAUCGUUUUCAUUCACCCUGAAGGGCAAACAAACGGUCACGUUCCACCACGUGUACCCCGCCUCGGUGUAUUGGAGCCUUGGGCAAUGGAAGCACCUGUAUACGACGAGCAUGCCUCAAACCUAGGUUGGCGGAAGGAAAUGUGCACCAUUGGCUCAAGCCUCGUUACGCCACGAAAGAUAACGCCGCCAGCCCUGAUGAAAGACAGUAAGGAAAGUAAUGGGUCUUUGAAUUGGCUUGGCCAUGUGACAAGCCUACAUUUAGAUGGCAGCGUCGAGGUUACGCAUCCUGAUGGGACGAAGGCUACAUAUCCUCUUGUACGGCUUACAAAAUUAUAUGACACCACGGAACAGCUUGAGGAUCUGUUUGACCAUGACCAUGAUCACGACCAUGACGAAGACGAGGAUGAAGACGACGAGGGCGAUGUUCAAUGGUUUCGUGAUGCCACGCCUUCAUCUGAAUUGGACUCAGACUCAGAUACAGACAUGGAGGGCACAGAAGGAACAAGCCCAAUUCCACCGCCAGCUCAACCCAAGGUCAAUCAAGAAGACGUAUCGAUGGACACCUCCGAUGACUCCCCCAUUGACCGUCGCGGCGACCAAGUUGACAAAGAUUCCCAUUGGAAACGAUUCGACAUUCUCUCUUCUACACCACGAGAUCAUGCAUUCUAUUCGUCUUCUCCUGCUCAACCCUCAAAGAGCUUCCUCGGCAGAUUACAACGAGAAUAUAAGAUAUUGAUGAGUAGUCUACCUGACACUAUCUUGGUCCGUGCUUUCGAGGACCGCACAGAUCUCCUACGAUCACUUAUAAUGGGCCCAGAUAACACGCCCUACGAAGACGCUCCGUUUGUCAUCGAUUGGCAACUAGACUCCAACUUUCCAAACAGUCCACCAAUCGCUCACUUCCAUAGCUGGACGAAUGGCAACGGCCGAGGUAUAAACCUUUACGAGGAGGGUAAAGUCUGCUUGUCAAUACUUGGUACUUGGCAGGGAGAUCGCACGGAAUCAUGGAGGGCUAACCGGUCGUCUUUGCUGCAAGCCUUUGUUUCGAUUCAGGGCUUGGUGCUAGUCAAGGAACCUUGGUAUUGCGAACCAGGCUUCGAGAAGAUGCGCGGGACCGAUGACGCCACUAUGAAUAGCCGGCUUUACAGCGAGAAGGCCUACGUUUUGACAAGAGGCUUCGUGCGCCGUGCUCUGGAAACACCGCCUGGUGGUUUUGAAUCUGAGCUUCGAUGGAUGUACUUCGAUUGCGGGCGUCUUAAGAAAGUUAUCACACAAGCUCGUUCGCAUAUCAUUUCAAGCCAAGCACACGGCGAGCAAGAUCCUUUGGCGGCCAUCCCGCGGCUGACUACAGGAGGCAUAAUCCUCCUUGAGCGAACACUAUCCAAACUUGAGGCCCUGCAGGAGGCGCACGCAAGCACUUAG